UGUUCGAUUGUCGGCAUUUUAUCAGUGAGUGCAUUUUUAUUUGUAAACGUAAACAAUUUAAAUUUCGCAAAAAAAGAGGAAAAAAUGUUACAAAGUAUUUAUGAACUACCGUUUCAUAUUUUGGUGCCUCCAAAUAUUAAGCUUCGCAUACAAAUUCCAAAACCAUCGCCCUUUUUUAUUUUCUGUUGUAUUUUGGUGUCAUACUUUUUAGUUACGGGAGGUAUAAUAUAUGAUGUUAUUGUGGAACCACCAAGUGUGGGUGCAACUGUUGAUGAAAAUGGUCAUUCAAGACCAGUAGCUUUUAUGCCCUAUCGUGUCAAUGGGCAGUACAUAAUGGAGGGAUUGGCGAGUAGUUUUCUUUUUACUAUAGGAGGUCUUGGAUUUAUUAUAAUGGAUCAGACACAUGCCCCAGGAAAAACGAACCUUAAUCGAUUAUUGCUCACUUCCAUGGGAUUCAUAUUUAUUUUAGUGUCAUUCUUUACAACAUGGCUUUUUAUGAGAAUGAAAUUGCCCAGUUAUUUGCAACCCUAAAUUAAACCGAAUCAAUCUUACGAAUGUAGCAGUAUGUUUGUCCUGCUCAUUUAUAUAUAUAGUAUUACUAAUAGCCAUGCAGUUUUUGCAAAUCACAAUGUUCAUCUAAGAUGUAUGAAAGACUUGAAAUCUAAUAAUGCGAUUUUGUAAACACUAAGUGCCUGUUCGAAAAUGCACCACUGCGCUGCAUCCAAUACGGAGGGCGCUCAAUAAUACUGCAGCAUUCAGAUCUGAAAUGCACCAGUAAAAUAUUUGAUAUGCGAAAAAAAAUGGCAGAAGCCAUUUCCUACUCAACAAAUGCAGCGCAGAGAUGUAUUUCUAAACUGGCCUUAAUACCAUUUAUUGAAAAUUGGAUAAUUUUUUCACACUCAAUAAAAAAUCACAGAAGUAUUUUUUUUCGAUAACAUUUAAGGUACUUAUAGACGGCAAUACUGAAUAUUAAUAUUUGUCAAAAACUCAAGUAUCAUAAUACAAUUUCAUCGUCUAAACAAAAUUUGUAUUAGAUUUUCCAAAAAUACAAAUGAUUUUUUUGAUUUACGGUCGGUAUUCAAAAUUUGUUUAAAACAAUUCAAAAAUUUUUUAUUUUCAUAUGUAUCGGGUAUGUAUUUAUAAAUAAAAAUAAGGCAAACAAAAAUGUCAAGAAAAUAUAAAAUAAAAAUAAAGUUUUCACAAAAAUAUCAAUCAACAAAGAAAUAAAAUAUUUGUAAUAGUAUCGUGUAAACAAUAAAUGUUUGUUUGAAACGAUUUCUUGAAAUACCGAAUGAUUUCAAUAAUAUUUUAAAUUAAAUAAAAAGUGUUCAUACACAGUAUUGCCGUCUAUAAAUACCUUUAUUAUUAUAUUUUAAAGAUGAAUAAGAUAUAUAAUGUAAGACAUAAUAAAUAAUAAAAUACAUCAUUAAAUACA